AUGACAGUAGCUGUACCCACAAAGAACCUUGCCGAUUGGCAUUCACCUUCUACCAGACCUGAAGUGAUUCACGAAUUGAUCCAUGGUGUUGAUCGAUAUAAUCCAACAAAUCUACCAUUCAUGGAAGAAUACCUUUUAUCUGAAAUCAAAGAAGGUCAAUAUGACUUAUUCGCCAAUUUAGCUAUCUUAAAAUUGUAUCAAUUCAAUCCUCAACAUUCAAAUCCUGAUAUAAUCAUUCACAUCUUGAUCAAAAACCUGAGUGCGACUGUCCAUGGACCAGAUUAUAAUUUAUCUCUUGGUUUAUUGAGAGAACCAAGUGCAAUCUUACAUGAUAUAGAAUCAGAUGACGAGUCACUUAUAACUAUCGUACCUUUCUUAACUAACUUACACGAGUUAAUUAGAACGUGUCAAUUCACAAACUUCUGGAAAGAACUUAACGGUGAUUCAGAAGCUGCCAACAUUAUCAAAUCUCGUUUCUUACCUUCUCACGCUCAUCCCAUCGAUGACUUGAGAUUCCAAUUCUCUCUAUCAAUCGCAUCAUGUUUCUCGUCAAUUACACUCACUCAACUUGGUCGAUGGCUCGAUCUCUCUUCUUCUUCAGAAAUAAGCUCAUGGUGUGAAAAAGUAGGAUGGACGGUUCAAGGUGACAAAGCCGUCGUACCGAAGAAUGGUGACAAUGACGUCAAAGCUGGUGUCGUAAAAGAGAACGUACAACUCAAUCAAUUGACGAAACUCGUUGCUGCUGCCGCUUACUAG